UCCGUACCUGACUGCUCCACUCUACACAGAUACCACCCACGCCACAGCCCAGCGCAGAGCUAGAGACAGAACGAGGAGAGAGGGGAGAGAGAGAAACGCUACACAGCAGCUGUUUGUUCCGCGUCUUCUUAUUCUUCUCCCGUUCUCACCAUCCUCACAUCCCUCCUUUUGUCUGACUCUCUCUCUCUCUCUUUCCCUCUCUCUCUCGCUCCUCAAGCCACUUAUAUCAUGAACCUGCCGUGUGCUUGUUGCUAAGGGGGGAAGAGAACCAAGAGGAGGGGACCAGCCGAUACUUAAAGCCUCCAGCGACAGAAGAAGAAAGUGAACGAAGGAGAGGGAGAGGAGACAGAACUCAUAAUUGUCUACAGUAUGAACCAGUCCAGCCAGGACCAGAGUGGAGUGGGGACCGAGCUCUACAGUAUGAACCAGUCCAGCCAGGACCAGAGUGGAGUGGGGACCGAGCUCUACAGUAUGAACCAGUCCAGCCAGGACCAGAGGGGAGUGGGGACAGCAGACCCUGAUCAGGACUCUCCCAACGUCAUCGUCUACAGAAAGAUUGAGGAGAUAGUGACCCGUAUCCAGGAUGAGACUGAGGGCGUUCCCAUCAGAACUGUCAAGAGCUUCCUGACCAAGAUACCCAGCGUCGUCACAGGUGCAGACAUAAUACAGUGGCUGAUGAAGAACCUGGCCAUUGAAGAUCCAGCUGAGGCCAUCCACAUCGGGAGUCUGAUUGCUGCUCAGGGAUAUCUCUUCCCCAUCUCUGAUCACGUUCUGUCACUCAAAGACGAUGGAACCUUCUAUCGCUUCCAGGCUCCAUAUUUCUGGCCUUCUAACUGCUGGGAGCCAGAGAACACAGACUAUGCUAUCUAUCUGUGCAAGAGGACCAUGCAGAACAAGACUCGUCUGGAGCUGGCUGAUUAUGAGGCGGAGAACCUAGCCAGACUACAGAGAGCCUUCACUAGGAAGUGGGAGUUUGUCUUCAUGCAGGCCGAGGCUCAGGUCAAGAUCGACACGAAAAAGGAUAGAAUUGAGAGGAAGAUUCUAGACAGUCAAGAAAGAGCUUUCUGGGAUGUCCACAGGCCUGUGCCAGGUUGUGUGAACGUCACAGAGAUGGACAUCAGGAAAUGCAGACGUAUGAAGAACCCACAGAGAGUCAAGAAGUCAGUGUAUGGACUGAUAGAGGAGGGUCGUUCACAGAGCCAGGUACACAGACCCUCACAACUAGCCAGGAAAGGCACCAAAGAGGACGUGGAGAAAGAGAUUGUGUUUCUUAACAGCCAGUUGGACCGACACUGUAUAAAGGUUUCAAAAGUCGCUGAGAGUCUGAUGACCUACACUGAGCAGUACCAGGAGUAUGAUCCGUUUGUAGUGUCACCAGAACCCUCCAACCCCUGGACCAGUGACGACCUCUCAUUCUGGGACCUGGAGGCCAGUAAGGACCCCAGUCAACAGAGAGUGAGGAAGUGGGGUUUUUCUCUAGAAGAAGCUCUGAAUGAUCCGGCAGGUCGCGACCAGUUCCUCAAGUUCCUGGAAUCAGAGUUCAGCUCAGAGAACCUACAGUUUUGGUUGGCUGUCCAAGAUCUGAAGAGGCAGCCUCUGGAGAACGUGGCAGAACGGGCUCGGGAGAUCUGGACAGAGUUUCUGGCAGAAGGAGCUUCCAGCUCCAUCAACCUGGACUCACACAGCUACGAACGCACCAGCGCCAACCUUAAAGACCCGGGGCGAUACAGCUACGAAGACGCUCAGGACCACAUCUAUAAGCUGAUGAAGAGUGACAGCUACACACGGUACCUCCGCUCCAACGCUUACCAGAACCUUCUGAUGGCCAGGAAGAAGCCUGAGACGGAGCAGCAGCAGGGAAGACGCACCUCUCUGGAGAAGUUCACACGCAGCGUGGGCAAGUCACUGACGGGCAAACGGCUGACGGGCCUGAUGUCCUGAACCAGGCCUGGGGCUAGAGUAAGACAGCCAUGCCCACUGGAGCUGAUCCACUGUUGGGAGAGUGGUGUUGAGGCUUAGAGUCCUUUACUGGGGCCUGGACACAACGUCGCCCACAUAACUGACUCCAGAUCAGUUUCCUGAGCUCCAGCGGAGGACAGACAUCAUGCAAUAAGUCACUUAGAUCUGACACUGGGCGAGUGGCUGCGUCUCAAGUGGUACCAUGUCGUCUUAUAUAGUGCACUAUUUCUGACUAGAGCCCGUGUGAUUUGUGUAAUCCAUACAAGAAAGUGUACACUUUGGAGACUGGCAACAUCCUAGCCUGGGCAUGAGUCUAAAGUAGUGGAGACUGGCAACAUCCUUGCUUGGGCAUGAGUCUAAAGUAGUGGAGACUGGCAACAUCCUAGCUUGGGCAUUAGUCUAAAGUAGUGGAGACUGGCAACAUCCUAGCCUGGGCCUUAGUCUAAAGUAGUGUACUAUGAAGACAAUAAGGUGCGAUUUGGGACGCAGACACUGUAGUUUAUCAGCAUAUAACUCUGCCCUCUCUCUCUCUCUCUGUGUCU